AUGGCUGUGCUCGCGCGAAGCAACGUCCGCAAGAACAUCUUCUACAUUGGAAAUGACAACAAGGUAUACCAGGGCUACUGGAAGAGUGAACAGCCAACGAUUUGGACAUUUGAGAAGCUGUCAGACCUCACUGCUGCCCCGGGCUCAUUAACGGCCGUCUCCAUGAACAGCCAGCACAUGGAGGUGUUCUGGACCGCUCCAGAUGGCUCUGUUAACCACGCAUACUGGUAUGAGAGCACAGGAAAGUGGACUAGCAGUUCCUUGGCUGGUAGCGGUAUUCGCUGCGUGCCCGGUAGCUCCAUUACUUCCACAUCUCGCAAGGAUGGGUGCAUGGAUAUCUUCUGCGCUACAUCAGACGGCUAUACUCAACAGUUCUCCUACUCCUAG